AUGCGGCCUGCACCUCUAAGCCUGAAGCCAAAGCCCAAGGAGGCACAGGGCUACCAGCUUGUACAGGGCCGGGAAGACUACGCCGAGGCCGGGCCCGAGACGCCCCAGGACCAGCCUCCGGCUUACCGACCUCAGCCUCCCGGCAGCUUGCGCAACGUCAACCUCCGGGCUGUUCUCAUCACCAUCAUCUCCUGCCUGUUGGUUCUCGUGGCACUCAACCUUGUGAUCAACCCGGGAGUCUUGGGCUUCCGCCCCCGCCCUGACCCGGACUGUGGCUGCGAACCCGCCCCAAAGGUUCCCCAGUACUUUCAGACCUCGCCGGAGCUAUGGGCUGGCCCGACUGCGACCGGCGCGCCGGCAUUCCUGGCUCAGACCUGGACGCUCAACCCCACGGCAACCUAUGUUCCGAACCAGCCGCUGCAGACAGCCGUUCCCAUCGAGGGCAUGUCGUCCAAGAACGAGAGCAUCUUCCAGAUGAUGGGCUUCUUAUCACCCUACACCCCGUCCCCCGGCUUCGGCGUUCGAGAGUAUCCCCUGCCGCCAGGCGCUGAAAUCGUCCAGGUCCAGAUGCUGUCGCGCCAUGGUUCACGUUACCCGACUGGUGGUACAGGCUCCAACGUCGUCACCUUUGGCGAGCGCAUAGCGGCAGCAAGGAGUGCAGGCUCCGGCUUCAAGGCCUCCGGCCCGCUCGAGUUCCUCAACGACUGGACCUAUGCCCUCGGCGCGGAGAUCCUUGUCCCAAAAGGCAGGCAGGAGCUUUUCGACUCAGGUAUCUUGCACUCAUACAUGUACUCGUCGCUGUACAACCCCAACAGCAGGAUUAUCGUGCGGACUACCACCCAGGACAGGAUGCUCAAGUCGGCAGAGUACUUCGUGGCCGGCUUUUUCGGGCUCGAGUGGACGAGGAACGCCACCAUCGAGGUUAUCAUCGAGGAGAAAGGGUUCAAUAACUCACUGGCGGGCUACAAGAACUGCCCUAAUGCCGAGAAAGACCACGGCGGGAGGAACGCCACGGCUGAGUGGGUGCAGCUAUACCUACAAAAGGCAACUGCUCGACUCAGCAGCAUGAUCCAAGGGUACGACUGGACGAUUGAGGACACCUAUGCGGCGCAGAACAUGUGUCCGUACGAAACGGUUGCCUAUGGCUUCAGUCGUUUUUGUGAUCUCUUCACCUAUGAAGAGUGGAUACAUUUCAGCUACUCAGUCGACCUUUUCUUCUCGGGAGACAGCGGAUUCCAGUCAAAGACUGGGCGUGCCGUCGGAAUCGGUUACCAGCAAGAAGUGAUGGCGAGGCUGCGAAACCAUACAUUGGGCUAUUCGGGCUCACAGAUUAAUACGACCCUCGACGGCAGCACAGAGACGUUCCCGUUGAACCAGUCUCUCUACCUGGACUUCAGUCAUGACACAAACAUCAUCUCGGUUCUAGCUGCGAUGGGCUUGACGCAGUUUCAGGAUGACCCGCCACUCUCGCCCAAGGCAUACCCGGGCCAACACAACUUCACCGUGUCGCAUCUGACACCGUUCGGCGCCAGACUGGACAUUGAGGUCAUUAAGGCGCCAGGGCCUGUCAGCGCGGACAGGACUGGCUAUGUCCAGGGCGGAGGGGCGGGCGAGACCAAGUACAUCCAUUUCGUACUCAACCAGCGGACGGUGCCGCUAGGGUGGAGCUUCCCCGAGUGCGACCCGAGCAGAGUGGACGGCUGGUGCGAGCUAGAGACGUUCCUGAAGGUGCAGGACCAGAUGCCCAGCCUGGCGAAUUUCGUGGAGACAUGCUUUGGCGGUGCUGGUGUGGGUGAGUGA